CCUCCUCCUCUCUCUCUCUCUCUCUCUCUCUCUCUCUCUCUCUGUGUCUCUCUCAUGGCUAAAACUUCUCCAAUUUCCCAAUCUCUCAUUGUUCUGUCCACAAUAACUAGUUUAAUGUCAUUCAUAAGGAAGUUAAUUUGGUCAUGGACUAGUUCACUCCCUCAUGAACUGCUAUCCCUGGACGUAGCCGAUAGGCUUCGUCUGGAUAGUGAGGCAAUCGAAUCAGCCUCUCGUGAUUUCGGCAAAAUUUUCCGAGAGAAACCGUCUGCAGUCCUUUACCCGUCGUCGGUUAACGAUAUCGUCGAUCUUAUAAAGCUUUCCUACAAGUCUGCCUCCCCUUUCAGCAUAGCUGCCAGAGGCCGAGGCCAUUCGGCUAGGGGUCAGGCCAUGGCGCAAAAUGGGGUGGUGGUGGAAAUGACCUCUUUGAAAAACUUCGGUAAUAUUAGGGUUCUUAAGAACCCUAAUGGAUUAGGGUUUUGCGCAGACGUCGGUGGUGAACAACUCUGGAUUGAUGUCUUGAUGGGCAGCCUUGAAUGUGGUUUGGCACCUGUCUCUUGGACUGAUUAUUUGUACUUGACAGUUGGUGGGACUCUAUCCAAUGCUGGAAUUAGUGGCCAAUCUUUCCUUCAUGGCCCCCAAAUCAACAAUGUUUUUGAAAUGGAUGUUGUCACUGGGAAAGGAGAGUUCGUGACUUGCUCCAAACACUUGAACUCAGGACUGUUUUAUGCAGUUCUAGGAGGGCUUGGCCAAUUUGGAGUCAUUACUAGAGCUAGAAUUGCCCUAGACAAGGCUCCAAACAGGGUAAAAUGGGUCCGAAUGCUGUACCAUGAUUUCUCAGCCUUCACAAGAGACCAAGAACAUCUCAUCUCCAUUGUUAAUGGACUGGAUUAUGUUGAAGGUUCUCUAAUCAUGGACCAAAGCUCUCCAAACAACUGGAGGUCUUCCUUCUUCUCACCAUCCGAUCAGCUGAAAAUCAGUUCUCUGAUAUCCAAACACGGCAUUAUCUACUGCUUGGAAGUGGUCAAGUAUUACGACCAUCUCACCAUUAAUACCGUCGACGAGGAACUCCGGCCGUUGAUCGGAGGGUUGAGCUUCCUUCCUGAUUUUAUCUUCCAAAAGGACGAUUCUUACGUCGAUUUCCUCAAUCGCGUACGAAGUGGAGAGCUGAAGCUCCAAGCAAAAGGGCUAUGGGAUGUUCCUCAUCCAUGGCUGAACCUGUUUGUACCAAAAUCAGGAAUUAUGGACUUUAAUGAUGGUGUUUUUGUCAAUAUCCUCCACAAGCAGAAUAAUUCCACAGGGCCUAUUCUUGUGUACCCAAUGAACCGAAACAAGUGGGAUGAUAGGAUGUCUGCAGUUAUUCCAAAUGAAGAGAUAUUCUACUCUGUUGGGUUACUGCUUUCAAGUGGGGAAAAUGACUGGGAGGCCCUUGAAAACCAAAACAAGGAAAUACUACGAUUUUGUGACAAGGCUGGAAUUAAGGCUAAGCAGUACCUUGCCCAUUAUGAAACCAAGGAAGAUUGGAUGGAUCAUUUUGGGUCAAAGUGGGAAAUUUUCCAAGAGAAGAAAAAUCUGUUUGAUCCAAAGAUGAUACUAUCACCGGGGCAGAGAAUUUUCAAUUCACCACGUGGGUAAUCACAUAUGAAUUUGUAAGGUUUAAGCUACAUAUGUUAGGACUGGUGAAAAUGGAAUAAUCUUUUAGGUUGAAGUAUUGUAUUAAGAAUGCAAUAAUAAAUUUAGACCCAUUGUAUAUU